CACCCCCUCGGGGUCCAUGUGCCCGCCCCAGGCCCAGGGAGAGGUGGGCCCCACCAUGACUGAGAAGGCUGAAAUGGUGUGUGUCCCCAGUCCAGUGCCUGCCCCACCCCCCAAGCCUGCCUCGCCUGGGCCCCCAAAGGUGGAGGAGUUGGGCCAUGGAGGUGCCUCCUCCCCCAGGCUGCCCCCUGGGGUCCCAGUAAUCAGUCUGGGCCACACCAGGCCCCCAGGGACAGCCAUAACCACCACGGACCUGAGUGCCCUGCGGCCCCCACUGCUGCAACUCUCCACCCUGGGAAGUGCCCCGACCCCUCUGGCCCUGCAUUACCAUCCUCACCCCUUCCUCAACAGCCUCUACAUUGGGCCGGCAGGACCUUUUGGCAUCUUCCCUAGCAGCCGACUGAAGCGGAGACCUAGCCACUGUGAGCUGGAGCUGGCUGAGGGGCACCAGCCCCAAAAGGUGGCCCGGCGUGUGUUCACCAACAGCCGCGAGCGCUGGCGGCAGCAGAACGUGAACGGCGCUUUCGCUGAGCUCAGGAAGCUGCUGCCGACCCACCCGCCCGACCGGAAGCUGAGCAAGAACGAGGUGCUCCGCCUCGCCAUGAAGUACAUCGGCUUCCUGGUGCGACUGCUGCGAGACCAAGCGGCCGCUCUGGCCGCAGGCCCCGCCCCGCCAGGGCCCCGCAAACGGCCGGCGCACCGAGGCCUAGAUGGUGGCGCCCGCCGUGGGCCUUGUCGCCGGGCGGAGGCGGUGGCGCGUCCACAGCCUGUGUCCCCGUCCGGCCCCGACAGCAGCCCCAGUGGGGCGGCCCGGCCCAUCAAGACGGAACAGACGGCUGUGAGCCCGGAGGUGCGGUGACCUCUGAGGUGUCGCCUCUAGCCGAGGGGCACUGGGAACUCAGCCCAGGGCCGUCGAGGAAUGGGCGGACCACGAACUGGGCCUGCUCUGCAGCGAAGUCUCUCGGAAAGGGACCAGUGAGGACGUCUCCUUCAGGGGAAAGGGCCAAAGGUCUGGAAAGGCGACUGUCGCCCCUUCCCGUCCCCUCACCCUGUAGACCCUUUUAUCACCUACCACCCGCUGGAAGUGGCCUUGCCCACAUUCCCCUCCCGGAGGUGAGGUCCGGGAACCGACAGGGUAGAGCGGUCAUCGGACCCAAGCGGUGCCUCUUUUUUGCUGGCUGGAGUGGAGAGGAAUCCCCGAGAAGUUGCGGGGUGGUGGCGGGGAGCCUUCCUCCUCUCUCCGGCGCCCCCUCCCGGAGAAUCAAGGAUACACACGCCUCGACUGCGUCGGCCGCGCCCCUGGCGCGUGGAAAGGCGCAGAUGCCACGCGGUGCGCCACCUCACCCAACCCGACCUGGCCCCGCACGAUUGAGUUAACGAAGGCUCAGGCGCUCUUGCUUUUGUUUUUCUUUAUUUCUUUAUUUCACAUACACAUUAGCCAUUCAAUGGAGAAGCCGGAGAGAGUCAGGCAAAGAUGGUAUAACAGAAGCGCAGUGACGGGGGCGGGGCGGGGCGGGGCGGAGAGGGGACAGACGGGCUGGCUGCCUACUUGCAUUCCGCUAGGACACUGAAAACCCAGAAAACAAAACAGACAGUAAACUACCCUUGUUUCUUAUGUAUCUCAGUGCAGAGACGGGGAUGGAGGGCAGAGAGAGGGGGAGACCAGGCUGAAGGAGGAGGAGAGGGGGGACAGGGGACGCUAAGGGGAAGCACACCAAAUCCAUUAGUACUAUAUAUAGAGAUACUCGUAUAUACUGCGUUUCUUAGCCUAAGAAGAAACUUGUUUGACGGGACGGGCGGCCUUUGCGGUCCGCGAUGCUGGUGCUGGUCGGGCGCACGGAUCUCCCGGGAGGGGCCGAAGCGGGGCUGGCCCAGGCUGGCUUGCGGAGGAAGGGGGGGCGCCCCGAGGGUGGACAGGUGGGGGGAGCAGAGGUGGGGCUGGGGUGCCCCUCGGGCUCUCGAUUGGGGGACGAAAGUUCUCGUGGCUUUAUUGCUCCUUUAUUUUCUCUCGUGUGGGGGGGUCCGUUCAGCACGGUCGGGGUGGGGAAGUGGUGGGUCGUCUGAGCCACCCGGCCCCUCUGGGACCCAGAGCGCGGCGUCCGCUCCGCCAGCACGGGGGUGAGAACAAGGCACUAGGUCGGCCGGCCAGCGCGGGGGCGGGUGUGUAAGGCAGUCAACGGGGCUGGUUUCGGGGUGGGGUGGGCUGUGUGCGGGGCCGUGUGCGUGCGUGCGUGCGUGCGCGGGCCUGGGCGAAUCGACCUGUCAGCUUGGCUGGUCCUGUCCUGGAGCGUGGAGCCUUUCCCCUGCUCCCCGGAGGGCGACGGGGGUGGGAGUAGGGUGGGGUGGAAGGAGUGAUGUUGAGUCGGGGGCGCCGAGGAAAGGGUCGGGGAGGAAACUACCAACUUGCUGAGCGCGCUCCUGAUAAUGCUGGUGAGGGUCAAGUUGGCGUCUGGCUCAAAGAAGGGCGCUCGGGGAGGAGAGGGAGGGAGGGGACCUUUGUUCGUUGGCAUUGACCUCUGCGGGGGAGGGGCUGGGGAUCCCCGCCGCGCCCCCGUGCCCGGAAGGGGAUGGGGCAAGGAGGGGGCGCCGGCCCCGGGGAGGAGGCGCCCGGGGAGACCCGCGGCCAGAGCAGCCUCGCCAUCGGGCGCACGCCGCUGUCCCGUUCCGUUAAACUCAACAAAGAAGGGAUAUGCGUGUUCCUAACAAGUGCAGGAUAUUUAAUUGAUUCAUAAACUUAUGUAUAAUAGUUUGUGGUUUUUUUUUAAACGUACUUUAUAAUGUAAGAAGCACCAGGGUUUUUAUGUUGAAUUAUCUUAAAAUAAUUUUCUCUCGUCCUUUUCCUUUUUGAUCUUGUGU